UGCGCCAACGCGCCGUUAAAAAAGCGUAUUACGAGGCACAUGCAUAUCAUCUGCGAGACAACGUCGUUCUGCACCAAGAACUGGAGGGACCGCUCAUUUCCGAGCCAACACCACUGGCUGACAUCGGGAAGCUACAGCCGCCAUGGAAGAAAGCGACACAGAAGUGUACCAGGUCAGCGACCUCAUCCAGCGACACCACUCACUUCCCGAGACGUCUUCGGACGCGAGGCUCCGGAGCAGAGUGAACGUCAGCAGCACGCCCAAGCGAGCCAGUAACAUCAUCACGAGCCGGAUCGGCCAUUUGGACUGCCACACCGACCCUGUGACGAGGAAGCGCCCACGGACAUCGUUCUACGUUGAGGAGGGUCCGAACCCUUUCACUCCGGCCAGACAUCUGCCGACGCCGAUCAGACCGCGAGCGUCGCCGUCCGAGAUCGCCAGCUGCUUCUCGGGCGAGUCUAAGCACAUCAGCUUCGUCAGCGGUCACCCGUGGCCCUGCGGUCACAGCUCUGGAGAACAGGGGCUGGGUCCGGUCCACAGUCUGGCUUUCAGCAGCGGACCGAUCUGCCGGAUUUGCCACGAAGGUGACCAGGCGGGGCCGCUGUCGUCGUACUGCGUGUGCGCCGGGACCAUGGGCGUGCUGCACCACCGCUGUCUCGAGCGAUGGCUCGUGACCAGCAACACGGACUCGUGCGAGCUUUGCCACGAGCGUUUCCCGACGACGCGCGUUCGCCGAACGCUGUCCGAGUGGUACCGAGAAGCGCCGAACCUGCGCCGAGCCGUCGUCGCCGACGUCGUCUGCUUCGUCCUGCUCAGUCCGAUAGCCGCGAUGGGGCUGGAGCUCUGCGUUCAAGGGGCCACGUCGCAGACGACGACCCGACAGGUUGUCCAGGCCGGCAGUCUCGUCGUCUUGUCGGUGCUGCUGAUAACGGCGUUUCUGAUCUGGUCGUACUUCACGGCCAGGCACCACUAUCGCUGCUUCCGGCAGUGGCGAGAGGAUAACGCUAGGGUCGUCCUGGUACCUCGCGGAGACUUGAGGAUUGACGUUGAAGAGUCCCCACAUUGAAGUUGGUCAUUGCUCGCUUUUGUUCGCUUUCUUUUUUUCCGUUUUUAGCCCGUGUCGUUUAGUUUUCUUUUAUCUGUUCUUAAGUAUGUGGUGAUGUGGCGCUGUUAUGUGAGGACAUAUGCGAUGAACUGUUUUUAAUCUUCUCCUGGUGUAUUAAAGUUUUGAUAUUAAUUUCGUCUUCCUCACAUGU